GCUGCCUUGCUGCCCUGCUGCCUGGUAUAGAAGUGCGGUAUGGUUCGUGCAGCGGCCGAGGCACACCCCUGUCAAACUAUGUGGCUGAAAAGUGGGACAUGCGGAGGCUGGCACCAGCCCCUCCAAAGUGAAGCAUCGGGUGGUCGGUCGUAGUGAAGCAUGAUAAUGCAUUUCCUUGCUACUUCUCGACUGUUGUGCUUCUCUUCCUUCACCUACCCGUUGAACCAAACCUUACAGAAUCACUCGUUGAUACCAGCCUUUUUACUUGUCCACGUGCUUUACCGAUCUCGCCGCAUUCAGAAAGCCUAGGGAGGUGUCAAACUCCCACUUCCCAUCGUCAGUUCACGAUCCGGCUCACAUUCCUCCAACAAUCGGAUCGGAAUUCCCGCCCACUGGGCGCAGUCGAUCGGAAUGGCACGACCCCCUUGCAUCGCAUCGCUCCCCAAAUUCCUCGUUCUCCUCGCCCUCUCUCAACUCUCCACCACAUCCCCCCUUCCCACCGACGUGAUCAUCGAAGACCACCCCGACUACCAGAACCACACCCUCUCAAAGCGACAAGCCUGCGCCAAUCCCUGCGGAUGGGCCGGCCAGCUCUGCUGCGCAUCGAACCAAGCCUGCUUCAUCGACUCGAACAACCAAGCGCAAUGCGGGCAAAGUAGCGGAUCUCAAGGCGGGCAACUACAAGGAGCGCCAGCAGGUGGAUCGGGGUCCGAUGGACAGUGGAAAACGUGGACCUCCACCUGGGUCGAAACGGAUCUGGUCACGAUGACCUCCGUCUACAGCUCCUACAUCGCCGGCGCCCAAGCGACCGCCGCCCCAACCGGAAAGUCAUGCCGUUUCGAACUCAAUGAGUCGCCGUGCGGAGACAUCUGCUGCGCGAGCGGGCAGUACUGCUACGACCACAAUCAGUGCGCCGCCGCCGGUAACGCGGGCUACACCACCACCGGCAUCCUCCCCCCGGCGUCGGUCCCACUCCGUCCGACCGGCGGAACGGGCGUCGUCACCACUGCCACCGUGGCGCCCACGACCACCGUCCCGUACGCCCCGCCUGUCGCGACCGGCGCAAACGUCGAUGAGCCCCUGACCGGGACGGGAGGCGGCGGACUGAGCGGUGGCGCCAUCGCCGGAAUCGUCAUCGGCGUGCUCGCGGCGAUCACCAUCCUCAUCUUCAUCUGCGUGUGCUGCGUGGCGCGCGGCAUGUUGGCCGGUGUCCUGGCGAUCCUGGGUCUGGGUAAGAAGAAGGAUCACCGCCAUCACCGACGGUCCGAGUAUAUCGAGGAACACCAUCAUCGCCAUAGCUCCGCGGGGGGUUCGGGUCGACGGUGGUAUGGUGACCGACCGGCGCGGCCGGAGAAGAAGAAGACUGGAUUGGGAGGGGCGACGGGGGUGGCGGCGGGACUGGCGGGGCUGGCGAUCGCGCUGGGUCUCAAGAGGAAGCAUGAUCGGAAACAUGCGAAGACGGAGUAUUCGGGAAGCGAUUACACCUAUGGAUCCGAGAGUAGUCCGAGUAAGUAAACCGGUUCAUGACCGUUGUCGAGUCGAUGCUAACAAUGUGUUUAGGUAGCUUGAGUUCUUCAGAUCGACACACUCGACGAUCGUCACGACCGUCACGCCCGUCACAUCCUCCAUCACGACGACACUGAGGAGUGACGAGUGACGAGUUCCGAACGAACGGGAGAUAAUGGAAGGACGACUGAUGGCAUUUAGCAGCAGAGCAUGGAUGUCCCUUUUCGGGACAAUGGCGUUUAAAAGAGGCAGGCUGUGGACACCUCUGGUUCACAGCAAGGCCUCUUACCCUUUGCCUUUGUAAAUCAGCUUUCUAGGGAAUAAUGUAGAUAUGGGAUGCCUUGGGCUAUGAGCGAAUCAGGGUCGGCAAAUUGAGCCACGAAGGAACGAAAUUCAUCGAAAGGAGAUUAGCUUUUUGCACGAUCCUCAUAUAUCGGAAUUUGAGAUGUGACACAAAAUCUUCAAGCCUCAAUCGAUG